AAUAAGGAAGUGAUGUGCUCGCUCAGCUGUUUAUUAUCAGACUUUAUUUAACAGCGACUCUGGAGCAGCAGCGAGGACCCGUGGCGAUGUGGACCCCCGGCCUCCUGGUCCUGUACGGGAGUCAGACCGGGACCGCCCAGGACACGGCCCAGAGGAUCCUGCGUCAGGCCCAGAGGAGGCGGCUGCAGGUCCGGCUGUUUCCUCUGGACGGCUACAACGUGGCCGACCUGAUCUCAGAGACCCUGGUGGUCUUCGUGUGUUCCACCUGCGGACAAGGAGAAGCUCCAGACAACAUGAAGAACUUCUGGAGGUUCCUCUUUAAGAAGUCUCUACCCGUGGGGUCCCUCAGCCGGCUGGACUGUGGCGUGCUGGGCCUCGGGGACUCGUCCUAUCCCAAGUUCAACUUCGUGGCGAAGAAGCUUCAGAAGCGUCUGGCGCAGCUCGGCGCCCGCGUGCUGCUUCCUGUCGGGCUGGUGGACGACCAACACGACCUGGGGCCGGACGCCGUGGUCGACCCGUGGCUCGCCUCCUUCUGGGAGGAGGUGCUGCUCCUCUAUCCGUCUGUGGCCGACCUGGCUCCACUGAGAGAAGAUGAACCACUCCCCCCAACAUACGUGUUCCACUUCCUGGAUGAUGUGAAGGAGGAGGCGGAGCCCAGGCUGAGGAGCCCGGAGCAGACUCAGGCCUUCGCUGCCAGGCUGGUGUCCAACAGGAGGGUCUCGCACGUGUCCCACUUCCAGGAAGUGAGGCUCAUAGAGUUUGACAUCACUGGAUCCAACUUCCUGUUCGGAGCCGGGGACGUGGUGAGCAUGCGUCCCUGCAACGCACCGGAGGACGUCCGACAGUUCUGCCAGCUGCUGAGAUUAGAUCCAGACGCCGGCUUCACGCUGAGCGCCACGGGCAGCGCCGCAGUUCCAGCCGGACUUCCUCAGCCGUGCACCGUGCGCCACCUGGUGGAGAGCUACCUGGACAUCGGCGCUGUGCCUCGCCGCUCCUUCUUCGAGCUGCUGUCCACGUUCUCCACCAACGAGCUGGAGCGGGAGAAGCUGCUGGAGUUCAGCUCGGCUGCAGGUCAGGCCGAGCUGCACAGCUACUGCAACCAGCUGCGCCGCACGGCGCUGGAGGUUUUGGCGGAUUUCCCAAACACGACCGCCGAGCUCAAGGUGGAUUAUCUCCUGGACCUUCUCCCUGAGAUCCAGCCUCGGUCCUUCUCCAUCGCCUCCUCGCUGCAGGUUCAUCCCAACCGGCUCCAGAUCCUCGUCGCUGUUGUUCGCUACAAAACCAAGUUGAUUAAACCACGAAGAGGCCUCUGCUCCAGCUGGUUGUCCUCGCUGGACCCGGAUCAAGGGGCCGUGCGGGUUCCUCUGUGGGUGAAGAGGGGAAGUCUGAAGUUCCCCGAGGAGCAGGACACGCCCGUGGUCAUGGUCGGCCCCGGGACCGGAGUGGCUCCGUUCAGGGCGGCGCUACAAGAGAGGAGCGCCGAGGGAAAGAGCGCCAACGUCCUGUUCUUCGGCUGUCGCUCCCGGUCCAAGGACUUCUACUUCAGGUCGGAGUGGGAGGAGCUGACGGAGGCCGGACAUCUGACCCUCUUCACGGCCUUCUCACGAGACCAGGAGGAGAAGGUCUACGUCCAGCACCGAGUGACGGAGAACGCCAAGCUGCUCUGGGAUCUGCUCGUCAACCAACGUGGCUGCUUCUACAUCGCUGGAAAUGCUAAACAGAUGCCGGCCAGCGUGAGCGACGCCUUGAAAGGUGCGUUCCAGCAGGAAGGGGGCGUGUCCUCAGAGGAAGCCGAGCAAAUGCUGGUGGCCAUGGAGCGGGCGGGGCGACUUCAGAGCGAGACGUGGUCCUGAUCACCACGUGACCUUUGACCCGGAACCAAGGCCCGUGGGUUCACCAGCUGGGUGGAACAGUGAAGGUCGGUCACAUGGUUCCAGCUUCUUCUGAGCUCAGAAGAACCGAGCUGCUGCUGGAACAUCAGGAACCGACCGAGACGCUGAAGUGAGAGGAAAGAGACGGAGCAGAAAACCCUGAAGAGGAGAAGACUCCUCCCCCUUCUGUCACACACUCAUAGAUAUCAGUCGCAUCAUUUUCAUCAAGAUCCAUGAAUUAUUCUGAGAGAGAAACGUCUUCUCCUCCUUCAUGAAAUCAAAGUGGAUCUUUGAGUAAAUGAUGAAAAAGUCAAUUUGAAAUGUUUGUUUUCACAUUGAGGCUGAAAAUGAAUCAAGUCAUUUUUUUUUACUUUAUUCAAUCAAAUGUUUUUUGGCGGGAAUGGCUCCAUUAAACUUUUACACUUGUAUUAUUUGACUGUUGAAGUUAAACUUUAUCUUCAUUAAAUCUUAAAACUGAAAUCCUCUGAUUCAUUUCUCUGUGACAUUUUAAAACAUGAGAUGAACGUUUUGUCCCAAGAUGAAAACUUGAUGAUGCAGCUUCAGGAGAAGAACCACA